AUGGAGAAUUUCUCAUUGUUCUACUCAAGCGAGGAAGACGCUUUGUUGAGCUAUGCUGAUAUUAGGAAUUUCCAGGUCGUCUGGAAUAUGGUAGACCGCGAGCAGAAACGAUCAAUUCCGGUUGGAAGAGUGAAAUUUUUAUUGCGUCUGCUAAAGGGACGUCUCGAAGUGGAUCCUGAAAAAGACCGUAUUCUUUUCAAGCACAUGUGUUAUGAAAUGGAUAAAUUGCACAACGGUGAUGACGUUUCCUUCCACGACGUUCUAUACAUGCUUUCGUAUCGUUCGGUAGACAUACGAAAAUCACUGCAGCUAGAAGAGCUACUACAGCGAGAGGAACUAGAGUUCAUCAUAGAGGAAGAAGUUGCAAAACAAACAAUUCGAACGUGGUUGGAGAACUGCUUGCGACGGAUACGCAAUCCACAAACGCAAAAAGAUUCAUUCCCAGAUAUUACCAAAUAUCCGCAUCCGGGAGCAACAGGUAUCUAA